AUGUAUAUUCUAUUUGUAUUACAAUUGUUUCUUAAUUUGAAUCAUGUUAAAAGUUGGAAUGUAUACGGCUUCAAAGAAUCUCAUAUACCAGAACAAGUACAUAUUGCUUUAGGAGAGCAACCAUCAACUAUAAGUAUUACAUGGGUUACGCAAGAAAAUACAGAGAGUUCAACUGUACUCUAUGGUACUAAGCUGUUAAAUAUGAAAAGUACUGGUUAUGUUAAAGAGUUUAUUGACGGAGGACGUGAACAACGUAAAAUGUAUGUACAUCGAGUGAUUUUAUCCGAUUUAAUUGCUGGCACAAUUUAUUAUUAUAAAUGUGGUAGUUUAGAUGGUUGGUCAGAUGUUUUAAAUUUUCGUGCCCUGCCAUCUCAUCCUUAUUGGUCACCUAAACUAGCAGUCUAUGGAGAUAUGGGAGCAACUGAUGCACCUUCACUACCAGAAUUAAUUCAUCAAGUCAAAGAUUUAAAUAGUUAUGAUAUGGUCUUACAUGUUGGUGAUUUCGCCUAUAAUAUGGAUACAGAUAAUGCAAGAGUUGGUGAUCAGUUUAUGCGUAAUAUACAACCAAUUGCAUCAAAGAUUCCUUAUAUGACAUGUGUUGGUAACCAUGAAGCUGCUUAUAAUUUCUCAAAUUACAAAGCAAGAUUCACAAUGCCUGGAGGAGAUGGUGAAUCACAAUUUUAUAGUUUUAACGUUGGACCUGCGCAUAUUGUGGCAUUCUCCAGUGAAUUAUAUUACUUUUUAUUUUAUGGAUGGAAAACGUUAGUGAUGCAAUAUGACUGGUUGUAUAAGGAUUUACUAGAAGCGAAUACACCAGAAAAUAGAAAAAAUCAUCCAUGGAUUAUUGUAAUAGGUCAUAGACCAAUGUAUUGUUCAAAUAAUUUUGAUCCGAUGCAUUGUGAUUUUGAGAAUAAUAUUGUACGCACUGGAUUCGACAUAUCACCUAGCCAGCAUCACAGAGUAUACCUUAUGGGACUGGAAAACUUAUUUUAUCAGUAUGGUGUGGAUUUAAUCAUUGCUGGUCAUGAACACUCAUAUGAAAGAUUUUGGCCAGUUUACAAUAGAACCGUUUGUAAUUCUACAACAAGUGAAAAUCCAUAUGAAAAUCCAAAUGCUCCAGUACAUAUUGUCAGUGGAGCUGCUGGAUCAGAUGAAGGUAAAGAUACAUUUAUUUAUGGUGGAAAACCUUGGUCAGCAUUUCGUACAACUGAUUUUGGAUAUACUAGAAUGACAAUACAUAAUGUUACUCAUUUAGAAAUUGAACAGAUUUCAGUGGAAAAUGAAAGAAAAGGUCAAGUGAUUGAUUCCUUCACAAUCAUCAAGGAUAAACAUGGGCCAGGUUUAUAUACUUGUCAUAAUCAAGAUUCAUUUGAUUACUACGAUAUUCUAGAUGUUUAA